AUGCUUCAUUCUGGGUUCAAUUUUCUUCUUUGCGUGGUUGCAAUUUUAUGCAUCAAUUUGUUAUGUGUUGAAAGUUUUUAUCCAAGCAAGUGUGUGGAGACAGAGAGGCAAGCUCUCCUUAAGUUCAAAGAUGCACUUAUUCAUAGUAAGGUCAAUCUUACGUCAUGGAAAGGUGAAGAAUGUUGUAAAUGGGAAGGAAUUUCAUGUCAUAAUUUAACUGGUUAUGUAACCAGUUUGAAUCUCAAACCUUUCGAUUAUACAAAAGCAGUUGGAGGUAAGUUAGAUUAUUCAAUAUGUGAACUUCAACAUCUUAUUUCUUUAAAUCUUGAUAAUAUUGGCUUAGAAGGAAAGAUACCAAAGUGCAUUGGUUCACUUGGUAAGUUGAUAGAGUUAAAGCUUAUGUACAAUAAUUUUUUUGGUGUCAUUCCUCCUAGUUUGGGGAACCUUUCCAAUUUGCAAACUCUUGACCUUUCACAUAAUUAUUUAACUGCAAAUGACCUUGAAUGGCUUUCUCAUCUCUCUGAUUUGAGAUACCUUGAUCUAUCAGAGGUCAAUCUCACACUGGCUAUUGAUUGGUUGUCAUCAAUAAGCAAAAUUCAUACUUUGUCUGAACUUCAUUUAUUUGGUUGUGGGCUCCAUCAAGUCACUCCUAAAUCUAUUUCCUACAUGAACACUUCAAUUUCUCUGAAAUCCCUUGAUCUUGGAGAAAAUAGUUUAAACUCUUCCAUUCUUCCAUGGGUGAGUAAUGUUGGCAAAGUCCUAAUAACUCUAGAUCUCAGUUUUAACCAAUUCAAGGGAUCAAAACCACUAUUUGAGAUAACUAAACUUGCCUCAUUGCAACAUCUAGAUCUCUCCCAUAAUGAGUUGAGUGGGUCAUUUCCACAUACGAUUGGCCAACUUUCUUAUCUUCAAGAAUUGUUUCUCUCAUCAAAUAAGUUUAACAGUGUCAUUAUUGAAACACAUCUAUCAAACUUAUCUCAUUUAAGAAUUUUGGAUGUGGCUCAUAAUUCACUUUCAUUCAACUUAAGUUUAGAUUCGGUUCCUCCUUUCAAACUUUUUGCACUUUAUGCAUCAUCGUGCACAUUGGGUCCAAAAUUUCCAGUAUGGCUCAAGCAUCAUGGGGAACUUCGUGUGCUAGACAUCUCAAGUAGUGGUAUUUCAGAUUCAUUUCCUAAAUGGUUUUGGAACCUCUCUUCAAGUUUGAUAUACUUGAAUGUUUCAUAUAACAAACUUAAUGGACCCUUGCCAAAGUCAAUUCCAAAUAUGAAAUUCAGUAUACUUGAGAAUUCCAGCACUAUUAAUAGUGAUAGACAUUUAAGUUGCAGUUAA